GCACCUCAAUUUACACGGCACUAGCUGAGAAUUUAGGUACAGAAACACGAACCUUGGUUAAGAACAAUAGUAACCCUCUCUUCGUCUUCUUGAAAAUUCCCUAGAACCAGUUACUAAAUCCUACUCUUCUUCAGUGACGGACUAGAUUUCACUCCAUCUCUUUAUCUCUCACUGUAAAAAAUCAAACUAAAGCAACAUCAGCAGAAAUGUUUAGUUUUUUUAAUGGAAAGCUAGCUUCUCCAUACACAUGAAAAUCGCAACUAAUUUCGACACAUUAUCUCAGCAAUCCAAACGAAAGUUAGAUCUGAUAUACUAACUGGAAAAAUACUCGAAAAUGGCGGAAGAUUCUCCUGUCCGUGAGAUUGAAAAUGACAGUGCAGAUAGUUAUGAGGAGGAGGAGGAGGAGGAGGAGGAGGAGGAAGAGGAGGAGGUUGUAAAAGCUUUGGAGGUGGAAGUAAAGCAAAUGGCUAAAUCAAUACUCGAUUACCGUCAAACCCUCCCUGAUCAGUUGAAGAAAUCACUUGCCACUCUCCUUGUUGCACAGAGACCAUCGUUAGUAGAACCUAUUGAAGAGGAUUUUCCUUCUCCGCGUACAUCUCAGACGCUCGUGCCUGGGAUAUUAGGUCCAGCUGGCUCUGCAAACCAAGAUGGCGCAGAGAGUUUGGAGUCAGGUAAAGUAGCAUUACUAGCAGAAGACGAUCCCGAAACUGCAAGGAAGAUAUUGCAGCUUAAAGCCAAGGUUUCUAGCAAUGUUGCUGCUCUGCCCAUAGUUUUAAAGAGAGUGAAUGACUGUAUUUCGAAGAUAGAUAAUCUUGGUACGUAUGAUGCUAACCUUUUUCCUGGUUUUAAAAGGAAAAAGAUGUAAUGGUUCAAUCUGCUUGUGGAAGUUGUUCUUGUGCUUCUCAUUCUCUUGUGAAAUGGUGAUUUAGAUCACCUUUAGUGUAAAAACAUAAGAACGCCAACAUUGUUCUGUUCUGUAUUCGAGUGUUCUUUUUCUAUUCUAACAUGCUCUAGGCAGGAUACAAAGUUGAUGUCGUUGAAAAUCCCAACUCUUGUAUCUUUUGGUCUAUAGAAAGAAGAAAUCAGCUUCCUUA